GGCGCGCCCGCGAUGUGACCGACCGCCUGGGAGCCGGCUGGCGCUUCUGCGGGCGACGGCGCCUCGGCUUUUCGCUUGCCGCGUUCCUUGUUGAGUCGCCAUUCCCUUGGAGCUGGAGACACGCACCAGGGGCUCGGAGCGCCGCACUCCGGGGUCGGUGGCAUCUGCAGCUCUCGGGUCCGCGCGGCCGGGUGCAGCCUCGGUCGCGGUUGCCGCCGCCGCCGGGCGGUGCGCCCUGGCGAGUGCCCGACCUCGGGCACAGCGGAGCUAGGCGGCUGGUGCAGAACGCGAGCGCCUAUCAUUGCACCGGCCGCUGUCGCCCGGGCAGUGAGGGGCCAGCGGGGUUGCGCGCUGCACAGCGCUGGUCCCCCCGGAAGGCUCCCUGUCUCCUGCGUCCCAGUAAGUUGACUGUAGUUUCUGAAGUUGGAGGGAGCCGCGGAAAGGGGAGAAAACACGAGGUCAUUCUCUCAUUUCAGCAGUUGGGUGUAACUUCAGAGCUGGGAAAGAGCAUUUUCAAGGCCGGGAAGGAAGAGAGACCUCUCAGCCCGAUUCAGGGGCAGGACGUUGCCACAGCGUUGGCUCCUUAUUUGGACAGACAUUUCUCCAAGGGGGAUGGAGCUCUCUGCACCCAUGUCACCACCUCUGCAGGACUGACCGACCCACCAGCUCCAGCCACGUCCUGUCCCGCCAUGGGGCCUUCGGGGAGCGUGCUCAGCGGCGCACAGAUGCAGGCUGUCCUGUGGGGCAGCCUGGCGGCCCUCGUCACUUUCUUCCUCAUCGGCUUCCUCAUCUUUCUGUGCUCCAGCUGUGACAGAGAAAAGAAGCCACGGCAGCACAGUGGGGACCACGAGAACCUGAUGAAUGUGCCUUCUGACAAGGAGAUGUUCAGCCACUCAGUGACCAGCCUGGCCACAGACGCACCUGCCAGCAGCGAACAGAACGGAAUAGUCACCAAUGGGGACAUUCUUUCAGAAGACAGCACUCUGACCUGCAUGCAACAUUAUGAGGAAGUCCAGACCUCAGCUUCGGAUCUGCUGGACUCCCAGGACAGUGCGGGGAGGUCGAAAUGUCACCAGAGCCGGGAACUGCCCCGAAUUCCUCCUGACAGUGCGGUGGACACGAUGCUUAACGCGAGCAGUGUGGACGGGGACCCGGGCCUGGGGACGGAAGGGCCGUACGAAGUGCUCAAGGAUAGUUCCUCCCAAGAAAAUAUGGUGGAGGACUGCCUGUAUGAGACUGUGAAAGAAAUUAAGGAGGUGGCAGCGGCCGUGAACCCAGGGAAAGGCCACAGCAGCAGGUCAAAGUCGACUUCUGCUUUGAAGGAGCUUCCGGGGCCCCAAGCCCCGCAAGCGGACUUCGCUGAGUAUGCCUCGGUGGACAGAAACAAAAAGUGUCGGCAGAGUGUUAAUGCAGAGGCUGUUCUUGGAAGUUCAUGUGAUCUGGAAGAGGAAGCCCCACCACCCGUCCCCGUGAAACUUCUGGAUGAGAAUGAAAACCUUCAGGAGAGGGGAGAGAGCAAGCCAGGAGAGGAAGGAGCCGCAGAGGGGGCCAGGGAGACCAACAAGAGAUUUAGUUCAUUGUCAUACAAGUCCAGGGAAGAGGACCCAACUCUCACAGAAGAAGAGAUCUCAGCGAUGUAUUCAUCAGUAAACAAACCUGGGCAGUCAGGGAAUAAAUCGGGACAGUCUCUGAAAGCGCCGGAGUCCACCUACCCGUCCCUCCAAAGCGCCUCUCAGAGCUGCCCCUCUUCCUGUAAUGAUCUCUAUGCUACUGUUAAAGACUUCGAGAAAACUCCCAACAGCGGUAGCACGCUUCCAGCAGCAGUGAGACCCAGUGAGGAGCCCGAGCCUGAUUAUGAAGCAAUACAGGCUCUAAACAGAGAGGAAGAGAAGGCCACCCCAGAGACCAACGGCCACCGCGGCCUUUUCCCAAAGGAGAAUGACUAUGAGAGCAUUGGGGACCUGCAGCAGUGCAGGGACAUCACCAGGCUCUAGCAACCCAGAAGACAACCCCAGACGGCCUGUGCCUGGGGAGGGCAGCAUUUUCCCUCGGG